UAAUCCCCUCACUCCGGACGCCAGCGUAUAAAAGCUACAACGGGCCCCGAGUCCUCCCACAUGGGCCACCAGUCCACCCCUUUACACACACACUGCCACAGUCAUGUCUGCUGGAGGAGAGAAACCCAAGUCCCAGCCUGAUGGGAAGGCAGCUCAGAACAAGAUGGGCAUGAUGUCCUACAAGAUGUGCAUGUACAACCAGGAGAACUUCCAGGGCCGCUGCGUUGAGAUCAUGGCCGAGUGUGUGAACGUGUGUGACAUGGGAAUGGACAGGGUGCGCUCCCUGCGUGUCGAAUGUGGGCCAUUUGUGGGCUUUGAGCAGAUGAACUUCUGUGGUGAAAUGUUCAUCCUGGAAAAGGGCGAGUACCCCCGUUGGGAUUCAUGGAGCAACUGCCAGAAGAAUGAUUACCUUCUGUCUUUCAGGCCUGUACGGAUGGAUCCUGAGAAGCACAAAAUCUGCUUAUAUGAGGUUGGAGAAUACAAAGGUCGCAAGAUGGAGAUCAUGGACGAUGACGUUCCAAGCCUGCCUGCCUAUGGUUUCACCGACAGAGUGGGAAGCAUCCUGGUCAGCUGUGGAACCUGGGUGGGGUACCAGUUCCCUGGGUACCGUGGCAGCCAGUACUUGCUGGAAAAGGGUGACUACAGGCAUUUCAAUGAGUUCGGCGCUCGCUGCCCCCAGAUGCAGUCCGUCAGGCGCAUCCGCGACAUGCAGUGGCACCCACACGGCUGCUACACCAUGUCCUCCAAGUGAAAUUCGGUGAGGGCAAGGAAGAGAGGGAGCAGGGGAGAGGUUGAGGUCUGGGGAGGUGAAGGAGAGAAGGGAAAGAAGGAGAAGAGGAAAGAGAGGGUAUAGUGCUGUCUCCUCCAUCCCUAAACCUCUUGGUGGUUCGAGGUGCAGGAUAGAGGGAAUACAGUAAGUAGUUAUUUCUAGUUCAGCAACCAAUGGAGAGUCACAGGAAGUUGUAGAGGAGAUAAUUACAAGAACCACUGAGACUAUAUCUGGUUUGAAAAGCACUCUCUCUGCUUUGUUCUUCCUCUUUCGCUGUCUCUGUCAUCUCUUGGCUUCCCCACUUCCUCUCUUCUCCAUCCCUCUUUCUCACCCCUCAUGCUCCACAUUUCACCCACGUCAGCCCUCACCCAACCUAUCAGAGCCUGGAUAAAGGAGGGCAGGAUUAUGGAUUUGUUUGUGUGAUGGACAAAGCAAGAACGAGGAGAUCAAGUAGGAAAUGAUAUGAAUAUCCACUGUGCUCACAUCCUGCUGCCACAUUAGCCCAAUAAAGCUACUCUCAUCCUG